AUGGAGCGCAUCAAAAAUGCCUUCCUCUCCUUCACGAACCCGAUGCCGCGCGGUCCGAACAAUGAGCCGAAGCCCGACUUUGCCUGGUUCGAGAUCUUUUUGCGAUGCGACUACGAAGAGCUGAAAAAUAUGUCGGAGGUCUGCCGCCAAUUCUACCACAUCCUGGACGCCGAAUUCUGGCGAAGCCGCUGCUUGAUGGACGGCAUCGACCUACCCCCGCAGCACGUCAUCGAAUUUGCGCAGAAAAAUGACAAAUACGUCGAUUAUCUCUACCUCUACCACUAUGCGCACAAGAACAACGUCAACCCGUACGGCGAAAAUCUGCUGCGAGAUGCGCCGGUGAACAAAACGACAGCUGCCAAUUUCGCGGGAGCUUCUGAUUGGAUGGUCUACGAGUCGAGGGGUUGCCAUUAUGAAGAGCCGCCCGAGGGCUACAAUGCAACACCGGAAAUGCCGGAGUCGUGCCUGGCCACCUCGUUCCGAUGGGGCCACCGACAGCUGAUGGUCGACUUGACGCGCUGUGGGGUGGAGCCCUGGAUCCUGGACUACCUGCGGCCAAAGAUUGUCGUCGAGGAGCUGCACGCGCCGAGGCACGACUGCGGCGCAAUUUAUAAGCUGAAAAUUGCGAUGCGUAAAGAAGACGAGGGAAUGCCCCGAGUUGAGGGCGAUCUGGCGCCCAGCGAAAAGCGAGGGACCGUCUUGACGAAGCAGUACGAACAAUGGGCAAAUCAGCCAUGGACAACGGAAACGCUCGUUUUCGAGAAGUAUCCGGCCGGCAUGCGCAAAGCCACCGUCGUCUCGUGCGCCAAGGAUACACAGUUCUGGGCCGGCAAUUUUGGCAUGAAAUUCACCGGCACGAAGCUGCGACUCGCGUUCCCGGACGAACUUCAUUGGUACGCGUUGGACGAGAUUGUUGACGAGCCAGCCGACGAACAACCGCGCAACGUACGUGGCCCCUUCCGCUCGCUGCGCAUCCCCCUUCCAACGGCUGCGCCACUUCCACGCGGAUCGAGCCCAAAACGAGUAAACCUG